UUCUCACCAAAACGACACAACAUAAAACACAAACCGACAACCCCACUCUCCAAAUAGCAACCACCCAUAUAUAGAAAAAUAAAAAUAAAAAAUCAAUCAAAUACCAAGUCCUUCACAUCUAUACUUAAAAACUAAAAACCCCAUCUUUUCAUCAAUACAAGUAGGUAAAAAUUGUUAGUGAAAAUUGCAAAAAUGGACCAAAAUGUGUUAGAUGAUAUUAUAACUAGGCUUCUUGAAGUAAAGGGUAAACCUGGGAAACAAGUUGUGUUGACUGAGGCUGAAAUCAAACAGUUGUGUUUGAUUUCUAAAGAGAUUUUCUUGAGACAACCUAAUUUAUUGGAACUUGAAGCACCAGUCAAGAUUUGUGGUGAUAUUCAUGGUCAAUAUUCUGAUCUUCUACGACUUUUUGAGUAUGGUGGAUUGCCUCCUCAAUCAAACUAUUUAUUUUUAGGGGAUUAUGUUGAUCGUGGCAAGCAGAGCCUAGAGACUAUAUGUCUUCUACUUGCAUACAAGAUAAGAUAUCCGGAAAACUUUUUCUUGCUUCGGGGAAAUCAUGAAUGUGCUUCCAUAAACCGCAUUUACGGAUUUUAUGAUGAAUGUAAGAGAAGAUUUAACGUUAGGUUAUGGAAAAUCUUCACAGAUUGCUUCAAUUGUCUGCCAGUUGCUGCUUUAAUAGACGAAAAGAUUCUAUGUAUGCAUGGAGGCCUCUCUCCUGAUCUGAUCCAUUUAGACCAAAUUAGAAAUCUCCAGCGCCCAACUGAUGUUCCCGAUGCUGGUUUGCUUUGUGAUUUGCUUUGGUCCGAUCCUAGUAAAGAUGUUCAAGGAUGGGGAAUGAAUGACCGGGGAGUUUCAUACACUUUUGGUGCAGAUAAAGUGACACAAUUUCUUGAGAAGCAUGAUCUGGAUCUUAUUUGCCGUGCUCACCAGGUUGUGGAGGAUGGGUAUGAGUUUUUUGCUAAUCGGCAACUUGUUACUGUAUUUUCUGCACCGAAUUAUUGUGGAGAGUUUGAUAAUGCUGGUGCUAUGAUGAGCGUAGAUGAGAAUUUAAUGUGCUCCUUUCAAAUAUUAAAACCUGCUGAAAAGAAGCCCAAAUUCAGCUUUGGAAGUACAACUACUACUAAACCUGGAUCUCCUACUGGAAUGAAGUCCUUUCUUAAUGCCAAAGUAUGAGAACCGGCUUGACGGAAAUUGAUGUUUAUUGCAGUCGUUUUUUAAUUCCAAAGCAUGAGAAGCAGCUUCACGAGGGGGAUUAAGCAAGAACUGUUAACGUGCUUGAAAUUACCGCUUUACUGCAGUCCUUUCUUAAUGCCAAAGUAUAAGAGCCAACUGCAGAAGUUGCCUCAGAAGGCUUAGAGAGAGAGAUCAAAAUUUGAUGAUCAUUUUAACCAAUGGUGGAUGUGUAAAAUAGUAUGAGAAAAUGAUGGAAAACCAUACUUGGUCAUUUUAUUUUUUGGGCUCAAAUUCAUCGUUUUAAUUUAAUUGUAAGCUAUGCAGCAUCUCUUUAUUUUGUGCAACUAAUCCAUAGCAAAUGGUAAUGGCUUCUCUCUCUUUCUCUCUA